AGUUGGAGCUCUGAUGAGCCUAUCAAUAUCAAUGUUUGGUGUCAUUGGAAAAGGGUGUAGCUUAUAACUGUCAGAUUCGGUAAAAGAUUACUCAUAUCUGUAUGUCGUCUGCUAAAUCGGACAUGUAAUUAAGCGGGAAAGUUUUGUUAUGGAGGAUAAAUCUGUUCCUACACUGCUUAUCUCUGCAAAUGUUGGAUCUAUUUUUGAAGAUCCUCAAGUAUUAUUGAAUAUAUGGAUGAAAGAAAUAUUACAGGUAAUACGAUGUUGCCAACCAAAAUUUUUUGCUCUUCAUUGUCAAGAAGUUGGCGGAAAAAAUUACAGAGAAUCAAUGCAGUAUGUAGAUAGAUUUUUAAGGACUCUAUUAUCAAGUGAAGAAUUAAAACCUUUUGGUCAUAAAAGGAUUUUUCUUGAUGAAGAGUUUACCUGUCCAGAAAUAUUUACUGCUUUGGGGAGCUUAUACUUUAUCCAUAACAGCUUAAAGGAUGUCCACAUUUGGGAUUUUCAUGGCUCAAAAUUUGUACCUCUCAUUGGUGAAGAAGUUCAUAAGGGCAACAUUGAGCAUGUAGAAAUAAAAGAAAAAUCCAAAUUUCCUUCUGAACUAUUUCCUGAAAAUAAAGGCUCUCGGAAAGGUUUUAUGAGAACGAGAUGGAAAAUCAGUCACACAAUUUUUGAUAUGAUUAAUGUUCAUCUUUUUCAUGACGAAUCUAAUUUCAUUGCCAUUGAAGAUUGUCCAUCAAGGUAUAGCAAAAAUAGGCAGCAAGCAUUAGAAUACAUUUUAAAAAGAAUCUCAGUUGAUCCAUAUGAGAAGACGCCAUUUUUUAUUUUCGGUGAUUUCAAUUUUCGCUUAGAUACAAAAGGUGUUGUGCAAAAACUGACUAGUCAGACUGUGCCUGUCUAUGUAAAAAGUGCCAAAAAUGGAGAAAUUGAAAAAAUUUUGUACAAAGAUCCACAGAAUGAGAAUAAAGUUGUCUUAACUUUGGAAAGAAAAGUUUUUGAUUUUGAUCGACAUCAAGAAACAUUUGCUACCAUCAACAAAUGGUUGCAAGAAUAUGAUAGAGAACCUAAAGUCUUUGAAGAGUUCUUUGAAUUUGACAUUACAUUCCCUCCAAGCUACCCAUUCAAAGAAGAUCCUUCUGGAAAAUCCUAUAUGAGGACAAGGUGUCCAUCAUGGUGUGACAGAAUACUUUUGAGUAAGAGUGCUUUGUCAAUUAUCAAUAUGACUCCUUUAGAUGGUUCCUAUUGUCCUGUUGUUUAUCAGUUAGUUGGUGCACAUGUUGGAAUGGGAGAUCAUAAGCCUGUCAUGUUGAUGUGCAAUUUAUUAAGACAUACAGACGGUGAUGAUCACAGAAAAUCAAGUCAAGUGUUUUCAGUAUAGGUAUGCAUCAUUCAGAUGGCCGAAAAAUAGCUACUGAUUCAGGGGAGUACAUUUACAUUAGAGUCUUAGUUCAGAGAAUUCAAAUGGAAACAUGUUAUGACUGAUCUGUCAGCAUGAUAGUUGGAAAGGUCAACUGAGAUUACUGAAAAGCACUCUGAAUAGUGUCCUAAAGAUCUGGUCAGGUUGGAUGUAAUGGUUGCAUUUAGUAUGUCCUCUGCUUGGGAAUAGCAUUGAGCUUUUUACUCAGUGGAAUUCAUAACAUACUCUGACUUAGCAAUUUUUGUUGAAAAAUUAAAUUUUAUUGUUUGUUUUAUUUAUUUGUAAAUAAUUUUAGAUAUAUGUUGAAAGUAACUUUUAUUGAGUUUUACUCUGAAGAGCUUUUAUUAAA